UUUAAGCAAAUGCACGAAUUUCAUUUGGCUUAAAAUUUCCAAAUUUUUUUUUUCAAUUAUGCUUAUCAAAGAAUUUCGAAUCGUUUUACCUCUGACUAUCCAAGAAUAUCAAGUGGCUCAACUUUAUUCUGUAGCAGAAGCUAGUAAGAAUGAAACUGGUGGUGGAGAAGGUGUAGAAGUAUUAGUAAAUGAACCUUAUGAAGGAGAACCUCUAUUUAAUAAUCAAUACAAUACAGGACAAUAUACUCAUAAAAUAUAUCAUAUUGAACAAAAAUUGCCCAAUUAUCUACGUUUGUUAGCACCAAAGAGUGUUUUUACAUUCCAUGAAAUUGCUUGGAAUGCCUACCCUUAUUGUAGAACAGUCAUAACGAAUCCUGAUUAUAUGAAAGACAAUUUUGAAGUAAAAAUUGAAACUCUCCAUCUACCUGACAGAGGCACCUCUGAAAAUGCUCAUAAUUUACCUAAAGACGUUUAUAAGAAGGUUCAAAUAGUCAACAUUGAUAUAGCAGACGAUUCUUCCCUCCCUAAAGCGGAUAGGAAAGCGGAAACGGAUCCUGCGAAAUUCCAUUCCACCAAAACUGGCAGAGGUCCUCUAAUAGGAGAUUGGAAAGCUACAGUGGAACCCGCGAUGUGCUGCUACAAACUUGUGUCUUGUAACUUCAAAUGGUUCGGUUUACAAACAAAAGUCGAAAAUUUCCUGAUGGAUAUCGAAAAACGGCUGUUCACCAAAUUCCACAGGGAGUUGUUUUGUUGGAUUGACAGAUGGCACGGUCUAAGUAUGAAAGAUAUUCGGAGUUUGGAGGAAAGAACGAAAGCGGAACUGGACAACAAACGGUUGAAAUGUGGUUUGUCUGGCACAACUGAUUUAGAAUGACAUUCUCCUCAAUACGCAUUUCGACGAAAACAUAAAAUCAUAACAAAAAUUUUAAAUUUUAUCCUCCAUAUUUUUUUUUGUUACUACCCCCAAAUUCCAUAUCAUUUCUACUAACAAUUACUUCUAAUAAAUUGUAGCUUGAUUUGAGUUUAAUAUUAGUAUAUGUUUGGUUGCUCAUUUGAAUUUGUAGGUGUGCUUUACUAAAUUAUAAUUUAUCUUAUGAACGAGCUCUUUAUUAAAUAAUUUUUUCACAUUUAUAGUUAUCGAAUAUAUGAAAGAAAGUGAGGUAUUAUCACUCACAGCCUGUCAUAAUCAUAUAGUUUUAAUCUUCUUUUUUUACUUCUUCUGGAUAUUCCAAAUGCGAUAUACUCUUUAGAAAAUUCCAAAUUAUUAAUUAUUUAUUACCUUAUUGCUACUAUUUGAAUAUCUUAUAAAAUCAAUAUUAUGUAAAACUCACUCCUUAUAAGUCAUGAAUUGAUAAGGAUUUAUUUAUCGAUUUUACCUCUAGUUAAUUUAUCUUCGCAAAUUUCUGGUGAUACUUAAAA